AUGGAUGUUAGAGGUAUGUCUGGUGACCGUAUGGCAAUGCCUAAAAUACAAAAUACGCCGAGCACCAACAGGAACACUUCAUCCUUUUUACUACCUGAUGAUUGGGAGAUAGAGGAAAAGCGACGUUACAAUUCUGCUACCGUAGACAAGACUUAUAUUGAGCCAGCGACUGGACAACGGUUCCGUUCUUUAAGAGCUGUUGAGAGAUACCUAACAGGAGCAAAUGAAUAUACUUCACUCAAGCCAUUGGUACCUACCAAUAAGUCUAGCCUUUCCCCUGGCUCAGGCCGUCAAAAGAUGAAAAGUUUGGGUGAGAUCCAGUACCAGAAGGUUGUUUCUAGUUCUGCGAAGAUACAUAUUUCUUGUGAGAAUGAUAGACCCUCCAUCCUCAAUUUCAGCAUCCCACCAGCAAAAGUGAAUUGGGUCCUCGGAGGUACCGGGGGGAGUAUGUGGAACCCCUUCAUGGAAGAUUCAAAGGUCCCUGAUUCUGUAAAGCAAAAGUGGUCCGAAACUUUUGUAUCAGCCAUUUAUGGCGGAAACAUUAGUGCUCCAAGCUUUUAA